UGCGCGCGCGCGCCUUCCCCUUGCACCUGACUCUGGAGUAUUUACAGCACAUUGCAGGAAUGUGCUGCACUCGCGGCGGCUGCACUGUCUUCUCCUACAGUACUCUGGCUGCAAGACCACCGGCAACUCCACUCACUCGCCUGCAGCUUCAAACUCUCGACAACCAAAAAAAAAGUGCCGGUGCUUUCGCUUUCACCGUCCUACACCUCAGGAUUAUUUCGUAGAAAAUAUUACUUAAUUCUUCCUACCGCCCACCCAUCACCAUCACCCCAGACCCACCCCCCUUCCCCAAAAUGCCGCGAUCAUUCCUAGUUAAGAAACACUUUAGCACCAGCAAAAAACCAAAUUACGGAGAACUGGACACGCAAACAGUCAUCAUUUCUCCCUACCUGUAUGAGAGCUAUCCGAUGCCUAUAAUUCCUCAGCCGGAGAUCCUGAGUUCAGGCGUUUACAAUCCCGGGAGCGUCUGGGGUAGUGUCUGUUCGGCCCUGCUACCCUCUCCUGUCCCUAGCGACCCUGCACCUGCCUCCGAGUACACGGCCAUUCAGCCUUCGCCCCUCAGCAAUGGAAGCAUGUGCCCGGCCGCCCGGCUCAGCCCCCGGCACCGGUCCAAGUGCGAGCGGCUCACCGGGGAUGCCAAUGGUUCGGAGACUUCGGGCAGCGACGAGGAGGAGAGGAUCGGCCGCAGGGGCUCGGGCGAGAGCGCGGUGGACGCGGAGAAGUUUCGCUGUAACUUCUGCAGCAAGGCGUACUCAACUUUUUCAGGACUGGCCAAACAUAAACAACUACACUGCGACGCUCAGACACGAAAAUCCUUCAGCUGCAAAUACUGUGAAAAGGAGUAUGUCAGUUUAGGAGCCUUAAAGAUGCACAUCCGGACCCACACACUGCCCUGUGUGUGUAAGAUUUGUGGCAAGGCGUUCUCCAGACCGUGGUUACUGCAAGGGCAUAUCAGGACACACACGGGUGAGAAGCCUUUCUCUUGCCCACACUGCAGUAGAGCAUUUGCUGACCGAUCCAACCUGAGGGCACAUCUACAAACUCACUCAGAUGUGAAGAAAUACCAGUGCAAAAACUGUGCCAAAACUUUCUCCAGAAUGUCACUUCUGCACAAACAUGAGGAAUCAGGAUGCUGCAUAGCACACUGAGAAAUGUGGAAUUACAUUGAGGACUAGUUCUAAUUAUGUUUUCAAGUUCAUUGCCAAAACAUCCUAACUGCUUUGUUUCAUCAAGAUAUAUUUUUUCAAUUAUCGAAACAACUUCUAUGAUUUGCAUUUAGGAUACAAGUCUUGGAAAAUGAGAGUUUUGAUGAUUCAGAAUGUUAAAACUAUGCACAGCACCAUGGAGUGCAAUAUCAUUUGGAAUCCUUCCUCUGUGCCUUCCGUCAAUGUAGCUGCACAUUGUGUGCAUAUAUAAUGUAAAUACUCUAUUUUUGUAUUUGGAUUUAAUAAGUAUGAAAAUGUACUGAAUGCAGAAGUGCAACAAAACAGACUUAAUGGCAAAGAUUUAUUUGUUACAGCUUGCAUGCUGAUAUGUUUAGCCAUGUAUUUUCCACCUACUUUUUAAAAAAAAACAUGUUUUGACUUUAUAUAAUAAACCUAUUUUUAAAUAUCUCCUACUGUCAUAUCCGUCUACCAAAUGUCAGUGAAUGGGAUGUUCGGCGUCAGCCAGACCUCAAUAUACAAAUGUCCCUACAGGAUAGGUUUUGUUUCUGUGAAAUUCUUUGUUAAUUACCAUCUGUUUCAGAUCAAAGUGUAAGGUAUUUGGAUCCACUAAGUACACCACAGGACACUGUUCAGGAAAUAAUCAUUUUCCGGUUCAGGUGUCUCACAAACUGGAAAGUUGAAUUGUACCCCUUCAGAAAUAUUUAACACAUAAACAGGUUGUUAAAUAUUUGCCCAUUAUGCAUUUUCUUUUAAUGCCGUUAUUUAUGAUGGGUAUGCCUUGUAGAAUCUUAUCCCUGUCUAAUAAUCAUUUGUCUGACCUUUACAGCUAUGUGUUCCAUACUUUUUUUUGCUUUGGAGUUUUCCUUGUUUGAUUUAUGACUGUGUGCACAACUGAAGUUAUGUAAAAGUUUUUACACUCUGCCUCCUCUAUUUAUACGUAACAAAAUUCUGUCUGCCAAAGACCAUACACAUAGAUGCUCAGUGUUGAAUAUGAGCUUCCCUAUUUCUCUGACAGGAAUUCAAGCAACUCAGUUUAUUUAGUUAGUUAAAUAUGAUGCAGCUGAGUGUUAUCUCGGAGCAAGUUAAGUGCACUUCCCUACCAGAUACCAGAAAUUCCCAAUUUAUAUUUUUCUAUGGACACAUUCCUUCCCACUGUGUAAUUUUUGUAUAAUAAUUUCCUUUAAAUGAAUUCCAGAAGUUUAUUAAAAUGUAACAUUUAGUAUCAAAUUAACAGUGCUGAAAAUAUUUGUUAUUAAAUGAAUUAUGGAUCAGUGAAUGCAUUGGGAUAUGGAUUAGAUAAUCCAAAGAGAUACAAAAUGUUGAAUCCACAAAAAUAGACAAUUUUUUUUAUACUGAGCGGGAAUAAUGUGAACUGCCUCUUGACAAGUAAUUAAAUUAUGAAAUGACGUGGAUACAGGAAAUACUAGUUUUAACAAUUUACUGUAGUCAUUAAUAAUCUAAUGAUUGCAUUAAAUUGUUUGUUAACUCCGCACCUGACUAAGGAUGUUUUUAAACUAUGUCAUCCUCUCCAAAUAUUUAGCUACUAAGAGCUGAUAUUAAUUAAAUUGUGGUCAAGGUAGUUAUUUGCCACUGAAUUGACACCUGCCAUUAACUCAACUAUAAUGGAGUGUUUUAGUUAUUCACGGCUGCCAGCUCAGCAGAAAUCUAAGGAAAGUACAAGUAAAAUUAUUAUGUAUAACAAAAUCUUCCAACCUUUAAUGUUUUACAUGGUGAGGGAAUCUUAAAAGCUGCUUACUAAAUAGGCAAUCUACGUAUCAAGUUCUGAUGUCUAAAACAAUGAACCAACAAAGCCUGUUUACUUUAGACCAGAGUCAGAAGUUCAAACAAUGGAGUUUUAUUUCUUCUGAGGGUGGAGGGUAGGAAGAUGGAGGGGCGAAUGCUGUGGUAGACCUGUUCGUAAAUCAUGGGAUGUUUUGAUCAGACUGGAGGAAAAGCUUUACUUCAGACUGUACUUACAGCUUGUGAAGCUACCAAAUUAGCUUGAAAAUUUUCAUUGAUGUGGAAUCACACACAAACUUUGAAGGUUUAUAUUUUGGUGUUUUGAGUGGAUUCUAAUCUGUUCUGACUUCAAAUUUGUCAGUCAUCUGCGCACAGAAAAAAAGCAGUUAUUUCACUGGGGCAUCAUUAAAACACAGCAGCAACUUUGCAGAAUCACAUACUUCAGUCUAUUCCCAGUUACUUCUGGAUUUCAGGAAAUGGCAUAAGACGAUACUUAAUGUAAUUGGCACCAGUUAACUUGUCUUUACAUGUAGCUGAGUGUUGAUACUUUCAAUUUAUAGAACGAGAAGUAUAUUUAGUCAUGUGGUCUAAAGGAGACUUAAAAUUGACAGCUAAAUACUUAGUAAAUCAAGAAAGCAUAUUUUCAUGAAUCAUUCACUUUUUGGUUCUUCGGUACUGCUUAAAUGCAAAAUAUUAAAGUACAAAAAUGUGAAAUAUUACGAAGUAGUUAAGCUUUUGUUACAACAGCUAAAUGACAGAUUUAGCAUAGAUUAUGAUCAUAUAUUCUGAACAUGUAUCAGAGCU